UAAUUCAUGUCGGUCUUUUGUGGUUACCGGUAGCGUGUUUCCCUGUUAUAGUGUAUUUGCGAGAAAAAUCUGUAGAAUUCGCAUUUUAUUGCCAUUCUAUUAACAAAAAACUUGCCCUUUUGGAAUCUCAUUCAUAACUGUAACUUAGUUGUUGCGUGAAGUCUAGAAAAAAAUCAGUUGUAUCUUAACAGACAAAUAUAAGGGCAGACUCAUCCCGCUAUAGUGGUUAAAUGGCUGAAGCGUGGCAGGGUCCGCCAAAACAGGGCUUGUACGACCCUCAGUUCGAGAAGGAGGCCUGCGGAGUUGGAUUUAUAGUUGCCAUAGACGGACGCCGUAACCACAAGAUCGUCAGAGAUGCCCAGCGUCUCGCUAUUUCUAUGAACCAUCGUGGCGCCUGCGCCUGCGACAACGACACCGGGGACGGUGCCGGAGUGCUCACUGCUAUACCACACGAUUUCUAUUAUGCCAAACUUAAAGAUGAACAAAACGUACAAUUACCGGCUUUUGGCCAAUAUGCCACCGGCGUAUUCUUCUUGGACAAACUCCAUCAUCAAGAAUCUGAAACAAAAUUCGCUGCCCUGGCAGAGGAACUGGAUGUGUCCGUGUUGGCUUGGCGUACCGUACCAACCAACAAUUCCUCCAUAGGAGCGGUUGCCAAGAACUCUGAACCGUUUAUGCGACAGGUGUUUGUCACUAUGAAAACACCUGUACCGGAGGAAGAGUUAGACAGGAGAUUCUUUGUUUUGCGCAAGCGUGCCAGUCAUACGAUUCCGGCACCAGGAAAGAGGUUCUACAUUUGUUCCUUGAGUCGGAGAAUUGUUGUGUACAAGGGUCAAUUAACAUCGGAUCAGCUAUGGACUUAUUACCCAGAUUUGCAUGAUCCCAUGUAUGACACGUACCUAGCAUUGGUACACACAAGGUUCUCCACUAACACGUUCCCUAGCUGGGAGAGAGCACAUCCUUUAAGAAUGCUAGCCCACAAUGGAGAAAUAAACACCCAGCGUGGUAACGUGAACCUGAUGAAAGCUCGAGAAGGAGUAAUGAAGAAUGAUGAUUUUGGAAAUAAAUUGAAAACCCUGUAUCCAGUCGUAGAACCUAAUUUAUCCGACAGUGGUUCUGCGGAUUGUGUUUUGGAGUUUCUGGUCCAUGCUGGAAACAGGAAAUUGCCAGAGGCUGUUAUGACGAUGGUUCCCGAAGCCUGGCAAAAUGAUCCGACGAUGUCUGAAGAAAAAAGGGACUAUUACCAUUGGGCGGCUUGCAUCAUGGAACCGUGGGACGGUCCAGCUUUGAUAUCUUUCACUGAUGGCCGUUUCAUCGGGGCCAUUUUGGACCGUAACGGUUUGAGACCUUCCAGGUUUUACAUUACCAAAGAUAAUAUGAUGGUAAUGGCUAGUGAGGUUGGUGUGUAUGACGUUGACCCCUCGCAAGUGAUUUUUAAGAGUCGUCUAAAACCCGGAAGAAUGCUGUUGGUGGACACUCAAGAAAAAAGCGUCAUCCAGGACGUGGAACUGAAACACGAGAUUGCAAAGUCCAGACCACAUUCCGAAUGGCUCAAAGAACAGAUGAUUACGAUGGAGGAGUUGAGGAAAGCUCAUUUAGAUGCAGGGAGGGCUAUAAAAGCUAAGUACGAGACCAGCGGCUUGGGAGACAAAAGGUUGCCUCUUUAUGGGUAUUCCACGGAAACCAUUCAUAUGCUGUUACUACCCAUGGUCAACAACAAAAAAGAGGCUCUUGGUAGCAUGGGUAACGACGUUCCCUUGGCCUGCCUUUCACAUUUCGCUCCGAUUCUUUACGAAUAUUUCAAACAACUCUUUGCUCAAGUCACCAAUCCCCCCAUCGACCCCUUCCGUGAAAAGAUUGUCAUAUCGCUUCAGUGUCCCAUUGGUCCCCAAGAUAAUAUCCUUAAACCCAGCUCAAAGCAAGUCCACAGGUUGUGGCUCAAACAUCCCGUUAUUUCCAUAAACGAUCUGGAAGUUUUGACGCAAACUUCACACCGGAACUGGAGCGCUCAUGUUAUCGACAUAACUUUUCCUGUUUCGGAAGGAAUUCCAGGCUUUCUAAAGAAGUUGCAAAGUAUCUGUGAAGAGGCCGAUGAAGCAGCUAAGAACCACCAGAUCAUUAUCCUGUCGGAUAGGAUGGCAGGACAGGACAGGGUACCUGUCAGCAGUUUACUUGCAUUAGGGGCCACUCACCACCAUUUAAUUGAAUCUCGUUCUCGAAUGAAAGUAGCCUUGAUAGUAGAGAGCGCAGAAGCCAGAGAAGUUCACCACAUAUGCGUUCUGUUAGGCUACGGCGCUGAUGCGAUUUGCCCGUAUCUAGCUCUAGAACUAGCCUAUAGCCUCCGUGAUCAAGGAGUUCUAGACACAUCCCUCACAGACGAUGUAAUUUAUCAGAACUAUGCACAAGCGAUGAUGACGGGCAUAAGUAAAGUUAUGGCGAAAAUGGGUAUUUCUACUUUGCAGUCGUACAAGGGAGCGCAGAUUUUCGAAGCUGUCGGCUUGGCUGAGGACGUAAUAGAAAAGGCCUUCAAGGGAACCCCUUCAAGGCUUGGGGGUGCUAAUUUAGAAGUGUUGGCGGCUGAAGCUCUCGAAAGACAUCAGAAUGCCUUUAGGCAAGCUCCCGAUCAGCUUAUUUUGAGAGACGCUGGAAAUUAUCACUGGAGGGCUGGAGGGGAGAAGCAUUUGAAUGAACCUUUGAGUAUCGCUGCCCUUCAGGAAUCAGCUGUAAACAAGAGUAAAACGGCCUAUGACAAAUUCAAGGAAUCUACCAUGGAGUCCGUGAGAAACUGCAUGUUGCGUGGUCGUUUAGAUCUACGAACCUUGGACCAACCCCUGUCUUUGGAUGAAAUAGAACCUGCAUCCGAAAUCGUUAAGAGAUUUGCCACUGGAGCCAUGAGUUUUGGUUCGAUCAGUCUUGAAGCUCAUCAGACCCUUGCCAUCGCCAUGAACAAAGUUGGAGGUAAAAGUAACACUGGUGAAGGAGGCGAAGAUCCUGAACGAUACCUAGACGCCCAGAAGAGAUCAUCGAUCAAGCAAGUAGCUUCUGGGAGGUUCGGAGUUACUUCUUCCUAUUUGGCACAUUCCGAUGAUUUGCAGAUUAAGAUGGCCCAGGGCGCUAAGCCUGGAGAGGGUGGUGAACUUCCUGGCUACAAAGUCUCAGCCGAUAUUGCCAAAACGAGACAUUCCGUGGCUGGCGUAGGCUUAAUUUCACCCCCGCCUCACCACGACAUCUACUCCAUUGAAGACCUGGCUGAGCUCAUCUACGAUUUGAAAUGUGCCAAUCCCAAAGCCAGGAUCUCUGUGAAAUUAGUAUCGGAAGUGGGUGUAGGGGUCGUAGCUUCGGGAGUCGCUAAAGGUAAAGCCGAACACAUCGUCGUAUCCGGUCACGAUGGCGGUACUGGAGCCAGUUCCUGGACUGGUAUCAAGAGUGCUGGCUUGCCAUGGGAACUGGGUAUUGCCGAAACGCAUCAAGUGUUGGUACUCAAUAAUUUAAGGUCUAGAAUCGUGCUACAAGCUGAUGGAAAUAUUCGUACAGGUUUCGAUGUGGUAGUUGCUGCUAUACUAGGUGCCGACGAGAUUGGAUUCAGUACGGCCCCAUUAAUAGUCAUGGGUUGUACGAUGAUGCGUAAGUGUCAUUUAAAUACUUGCCCUGUAGGUAUAGCCACUCAAGAUCCAAUCCUUAGGAAGAAAUUUACUGGUCAGCCGGAACAUGUCAUCAACUAUUUGUUUAUGUUAGCGGAGGAAGUUCGUGAAAAUAUGGCGAAGCUUGGGGUUCGUACUUUCCAAGAACUUGUGGGCAGAACCGAUCUUUUGAAGGUUGUCGAUAACGGAUCGACGAAGGCUAAAAUGUUGAAUCUCAAUUUGAUUUUACAAAACGCCCUCCAUAUGAGACCCGGAGUUAACAUCAAGGGUGGUUCGGUGGUUCAAGACUUCCAGCUGGAACAGAGAUCUGACAACGUGCUCAUCGAAAAAGCCAAGGCCGUCAUUGAUGGAACAGAAAAAUCUGUUGAUAUCGAAAUGAAGAUAUGCAACGAAGAGAGAGCCUUUGCUUCUACUUUGAGUUACCAUAUUUCUUGCAAAUACCAAGAAGAUGGUUUACCCGAAGGAAGUAACAUUAAUAUAAGACUAACAGGAUCUGCCGGCCAGAGUUUCUGCGCUUUCCUAGCUAGAGGGGUCACGGUAACUCUAGAGGGAGAUGCAAACGAUUAUGUAGGAAAAGGUCUAUCGGGGGGCAAUAUCAUCAUUUACCCACCAAAAACUUCUCCGUUUGAGUCGCAUCUGAACGUGAUAGUCGGCAACGUUUGUUUGUAUGGAGCUACAUCAGGUCGAGCUUAUAUGAGGGGCAUCGCUUCUGAACGUUUUGCCGUUAGGAACUCUGGAGCUAUAGCUGUCGUUGAAGGUGUUGGUGACCAUGGCUGUGAAUAUAUGACGGGAGGCAUCAUUCUCAUUCUUGGAUUGACUGGAAGAAACUUUGCUGCUGGCAUGUCUGGAGGUAUCGCUUAUGUUUGGGAUAUCGACGGUAAAUUCUCAACGAAAUGCAACCCGGAGAUGGUGGAAUUGUGUAAAUUGGAAGACAAAUACGAUGUGGAUCUGGUUAAGCAGCUGCUGAAAGAAUUCCAAGAAUUAACGGGAAGCAUAGUAGCCGAACAGCUCAUCAAUGAAUUUGACUCUAGAAGGAAGGAGUUUGUGAAAGUAUUCCCUUACGAAUAUCAAAGGGCGCUCAAGCAAAAAGCUCAGGAAAAUGCCGUUGAAAAACCCGUUCAGAAUCACGAACCUAAAAUUCUAGACAUCGAAGACACUCUUGGGGAUGCACAUGAACAAAAGAAAAUCGAAAGAGUUCUAGACAAAACGAGAGGUUUUAUGAAAUAUCCGAGAGAAACCAGCAUAUAUCGUGCAGCAGAAAAACGUAUGAAAGACUGGGAUGAGAUCUACAACUUCCCUCACGUCAGAAAAGGCCUUAGAAUUCAAGCAGCCCGCUGUAUGGACUGUGGGGUUCCGUUUUGUCAAUCCAACUCCCACGGUUGUCCCCUGGGAAAUAUAAUCCCCAAAUGGAACUUCCUUGUGUUCCAAAACCAUUGGAGACAGGCGCUGAACCAGCUUCUGCAAACAAACAACUUUCCCGAAUUCACUGGAAGGGUUUGUCCCGCCCCUUGCGAAGGGGCAUGUGUAUUAGGCAUAUCCGAGCCUAGCGUAACCAUUAAAAACAUCGAAUGUUCCAUAAUUGAUCACGCUUUCGAAAACGGCUGGGUUGUUCCCCAAAUCCCGUCUGUCCGCACUGAAAAGCGUGUCGCUAUCGUCGGCUCAGGACCAGCUGGUUUGGCUUGCGCUAAUCAAUUAAACAAGGCGGGACAUCUAGUGACGGUUUUUGAAAGAAACGAUAGAAUCGGUGGGCUACUUCAAUACGGUAUUCCAACCAUGAAACUCAGUAAGGCUGUCGUUCAAAGAAGAGUCGACUUGUUGGCUGCUGAAGGUAUAACGUUUAAAACAAACGUUAACGUUGGAAAGGAUAUUUCUGCAAAGGAACUUAGUGAGGAGUACGAUGCAGUUGUACUUACUACAGGAGCUACGUGGCCACGGGACCUGCCACUACCAGGUCGUCAGUUGGGCGGCAUCCACUUUGCCAUGGAGUUCUUGGAGAACUGGCAGAAGAAGCAGCUGGGAGCCAACCACGAGGGGCCUCACGCCAAAGACAAACAUGUGAUAAUCAUUGGAGGUGGUGACACAGGCUGUGAUUGCAUUGCAACUUCCUUGAGACAAGGCGCUGCUACCAUUACCACAUUCGAAAUUCUACCCGAACCUGGCACUAAGAGGUCGGCCGACAACCCCUGGCCGCAGUGGCCCCGAGUGUUCAGAGUGGACUACGGCCAUGAAGAGGUAAAGGUGAGAUACGGCGCUGACCCGAGAGUCUUCAGCAUCAUGACCCAGGAAUUCUUGGAUGACGGCAAAGGCCAUGUUAGCGGAGUAAAAACCGUCAAUGUGGAAUGGACUAAGGACGACAGUGGUCGGUGGCAGAUGAACCAGGUGCCUGGAUCCGAAAAGGUUUUCAAAGCAGACUUGGUUCUACUUGCCAUGGGUUUCUUGGGCCCCGAACGAGCUAUUGGAGAUCAGCUCGAACUCACUUUGGAUGCAAGAUCAAACUUCAGUACGAAAGACUACAAAACCAAUGUAUCAAACGUUUUUGCAGCGGGAGACUGUCGAAGAGGACAGUCCUUGGUUGUGUGGGCUAUCGCGGAGGGUCGUCAAGCCGCUAAAGCGGUGGACGAAUUCCUAAACCAAGCUCCGUCUUCUCUGCCUGGACCAGGUGGUAUAAUUCAGCCAACCCUCAACGAGGUGCCAUGUCCGGUGUAAACUUGUGUAAGGUUUCAGCUAUGCCAUAAUUUUUUCAGAGAAUUCAUUGUCUGUGGUAAAUUGUUACUUAUAGUAGAUGUGUUUUUAACAAACUUGUGAAAAAGUUACAUAUCUUCUGAUCUUUGUUGGGGUUUGUUAAGUUUUUAGAUAUUUAAAAAUAUUAAAAGCAGUUACAGUGUAAUAUUCCUUCUAGGGAAGGAGACAUAUAUAGAUAUCAUUUAAUUCAGCUUUAGUAAAGCUAGUUUGGUUGAUUUUCAGUUAUUUUUAAGAGACGUAAAAGUACCGAAUAGCCUUAGUUGAAAAAGACAAUAAAUUCCCCUUGAUGGAUAGGAUUUUAAACAUUCGAAAAGUAUAUUCUAAUUGAAUAGAUUGUGAUCAUAGCCAUAGAUUUGGAGUUGUCUUGAAUUCAAAUUGCUUUUUGCAGUUUUUUAUCAAUCACAAAUAAUUUACCGUUAUAUUUUCUUUGAUUGCCAUCAGAUGGAAGUAUUAAAGGUGUAAGGUAAACUUACUCUUAAUUUUGUAAAUAUUUUUAUAUAUUGUGUUGUUUUUGGAUUCGUUUUUAUUUGGGUUUUAUACAAAUUUUGAAUUUUUUCCGUGUUAAAGGGUAAUUCCUGCGUUUCGUGUCGAUUAUUUAAACUAUAAUAAGCAAUAUGUUUCCAGCAAAUACAUAUAUUUUUUAAUUGAGAAUGAAUAUUUUGCCAUGAAGAAUUAUAACUUUUCAUAGUGUUCGUCGAUAUACCUUUGAAGUCUAAUGUUAUAAAAGUUGUGUAAUAUACCAAUAUAAAGAAUUGUUCUGUAGUCGAUAAUGUCAAUAUUAUUCAAUAAAUAGAUGUUAAUAUU